CGCAGUUGGCGGAGGCAGGCUGGAGAGUUCGAUUCUCUUGGUCGCGAGUGGAGAGAGCAGCGGGGGAGGUUAACGCGAACAGCAGUGUGAGAGCACACGGAGAACUCUCGUGGAAUCGAGAGAAGGAAAUUACUCGGGCAGAGAAGAGAUCCUUUCGGCAGAAGAAUUCUAGCUGGCGUGGCUCGACCGGCCGCCUCCACCUUUCUUCCCUCCACCCGACGUUCAUUCAGAGCCCUCCCUGGAUGGGACGGUCCACACACCACGUCUACUCGGUGCCGGGUUCCCCGCGAUAUUUUGUGACUGCCUGUCCGUGCGGUGCUCGUGUUAGCCUGUGCUCUUCGGCUCCCUAGACCCGUCGCGGAAUAGGGAGGUCGAAAUGACCCGGUUGGGAUUGCGAUUCGUCGCGUCCGCAGUCUUCCUAGCCGGGAUUGUCAGUGCGCAAUUUAAUCACACAUCAUGGUCGAACGAUCCUCCACCGGUUGUUCCGCUGGGACGAGGUGAUAUCGGAAAGCCAAAUAGUACAGAUGACGAAUAUAUUGCACCUAGAUGGAGAGCUUUUCUUUCGAACAACGAAGGUUCAGAGGAAGCAGACAGGCGGAAUUUAGAACCAUAUGACGAAGGUCGCAAUUACGAUGAUGGGUACAACAGAUACCCCGAUGGCGGUGAAUAUGGUCAAAGAUCUGGAACCGAUGGUUCGGGAGGAUAUCAACGAGGUUAUGGAGGCGGAGAUCGAAGGACCUACAGCCAGAGCCAUAGCCAGAGCCAUAGCCAGAGCCAUAGCCAGAGCCAGGGACAAGGCACUCAGGAUCCUUACAAUCAAGGACCCGUUGAUCCUUACGGAAGAUCUCGAGGUUAUGAGGACACUUACGGAAGAGGAGCAGAAGUAGAAGGACAACGUUCUAGAGAUCCUUAUGGCGAUGGCUACGGAGAAAAUCGUGGAUCCGGAGACGCUUACGGUCGUGAAGAUCCUUAUGGCCGAGGAUACUCGCAAGGUCAAGGAGGAGGAUACGGUGCAGCUGGUGACUCGGACAAUUAUCCGAGUAGUUAUUCGGCUGUGCCAAUUCCAGGACGAGCUCAACCAAAGAAUUGCACCGGAUCAGCUUGCUGUGUACCGAAAUGUUUUGCAGAAAAAGGCUCGAGAGGUUCACCGGGUGUAAUGGGGCCACAGGGUCCCAAAGGUCAAAGAGGAUUUCCUGGAGCGGAAGGUCUCCUAGGACCGAAAGGAGAGAAAGGUGAUCCUGGUCCUCAGGGACCACGUGGGCCAAUAGGUGACAGAGGAAAAAUGGGUAUGCCCGGAUUCCCCGGUAUAAAUGGUGUUCCCGGAGUUCAAGGUCCUCCUGGAUCUCCUGGUCUUCCUGGUCGUGACGGAUGCAACGGAACAGACGGUGAACCUGGUCUUCGUGGUCUUCCUGGAGAACCCGGUCCUCGUGGUUUUCGAGGUACUCCAGGUCCUAAAGGAGAUAAAGGUCAACCAGCGUUUGCUGGGAUGUUUCCUGUUGGUCAGAAAGGAGAACCAGGUAUCGAUGGUGUGAGAGGACCUCCAGGUCCUCCAGGACCUCAAGGAGAACACGGAAUACCAGGACCAAAGGGUGAACGUGGUCCUUAUGGUGGAUCUGGAAUACCUGGUCCAAAAGGAGAGAAAGGCAACAUGGGUCUCGGAUUUGAAGGUGUAAAGGGUGAUAAAGGUCAAAAGGGAGAGCAAGGGCCUCCGGGUUCAUCUGUUCCUCUUGUACCAUUCGAAGGAGUGCCACCAGAAGUUACGGGUGAAAAAGGAGAACCUGGUGGAAAAGGGGACAAGGGUGAAAUGGGACUUGACGGUCAAAAAGGAGAACCAGGUUUAAUUGGAGAUCAUGGUAUACCUGGCUAUUCAGGUGGGAAAGGAGAGAAAGGUCUUCCAGGAGCUCCCGGUAUUCGCGGUAGGGAUGGUUUCUCAGGACCCCCAGGUCCACCUGGACGUAAAGGAGAUCGAGGUUACGAUGGAUUAGACGGAAUUCCUGGUCGUCCUGGUCAGAAAGGACAACCGGGUCGAGAUGGACCUAUGGGUACUUCAGGAUUACGAGGACCUCCAGGUCCACCAGGAGGCGGUAAAGGUACGCCAGGUCCACCAGGACCAAAAGGACCUCAAGGUUUUCCAGGUCCAAUUGGACCUCGUGGUGCUGAUGGAUAUCCAGGAGAUCCAGGUCCAAGAGGUCCUAUAGGAAUGACCGGUGGUCCUGGUUCACAAGGUAUUCCUGGUCCCGAGGGAUUGCCAGGAGAAAAAGGGGGUAAAGGAGAGCCUGGAAUCACUGGAUUCCCAGGACCAACAGGACCUAGAGGUUUCGACGGUCCUCCUGGUUCGCCUGGUCCACGAGGUCUUCAAGGAGAGAAAGGGCUGUCGAUUGUGGGCCCUAAAGGAAUGGAUGGAGCACCUGGUUUAGAUGGAGAGAAAGGACAAAAGGGAGAACGCGGUUAUUCAGGACCGCGUGGAUUCCCAGGGGACUCUUUGGAUGGAAUUCCUGGAUCGCCAGGUGAACCUGGUUUUCCAGGAGAGCCAGGAACUCCAGGAAAAGACGGUGCUCCAGGUUUUCCAGGAGCUCCAGGUGAAAAGGGAGAUAUCGGAGGACGUUGUCAAGAUUGUUUGCCAGGACUAUCAGGACUUAAAGGAGAUCGUGGCCUCGAUGGUAUUCCUGGUCUUCCUGGACCACGUGGUCCACCAGGAGAACGAGGAUUCCCCGGGGAAGCUGGUGCUGAUGGACUGCCUGGACCAAUUGGACCACCAGGACCACCGGGUAAAGAUGGUAUUCCUGGUUCAGCUGGCCCUCAAGGAGUACCAGGUACGCCAGCAGUUGUUUCAAGAAGUUCGAUUAAACUGGAGAAAGGUGAGAGAGGUUUACGAGGCGAACCCGGAAGACCCGGUCCACCGGGUCCACAAGGUCCUCCUGGAGAGAAGGGUGCACUUGGAUUCGAAGGAUUCCCGGGUACCAAGGGUACAGCUGGAGAUCGUGGAUUCCCUGGACAAGAUGGUAUACCUGGUAGACCAGGUGUUCCAGGACGAAAAGGAGAAAGUGGUAUCAGCGUGAAAGGAGAACCUGGAGAAGCAGGUCGACUAGGUGCACCCGGAUUCAAGGGUGAACCUGGUUUGUACGGGCAAAAAGGAGAACCUGGCGAGUGUCCACCAUUGACAUGGGUUAAGGAUCUAAAAGGUGAUAGAGGAUCUCAGGGUGAAAAAGGAGAACCCGGACCUCCGGGAAGAGAUGGACCAAGUGGUGACAAAGGUUUGCAAGGUUUUUCGGGACCACCUGGUCCUCCUGGACAAAUCGGUCCACCUGGACCAGUUGGGCCACGAGGAUUACCAGGGCCACGAGGUGAUAAAGGUGAUAUGGGACCUAUGGGUUUCCCUGGAGAGCCUGGACGUGAAGGACCAAGAGGAUUCCCUGGUGCUCCAGCUCCAAAAGGAGACAAGGGUGAACCUGGAAUAUCAGUUAAGGGUAGUCCUGGUUUGCCUGGGCCACCAGGAGAGAAAGGAGAAAAAGGUUUACCAGGACCACCAGGAAAAGAAGGACAAGUCGGCUUCCCUGGUCUGCCAGGAUUUAUGGGAGAAAAGGGUGACGUUGGAGUUCCAGGAAUAAGUGGUUUACCUGGUGCACCUGGAGGGAAGGGUGAUACUGGACCAGUUGGACCUCGAGGUCCUCCUGGUGUAGCGGGAAUUCCUGGUCUAGAUGGAAUGAAAGGUGAACCUGGAUUACCGGGAGAACCAGGCAGAGCCGGUCUUCCAGGAUUCCCUGGUGCGAAAGGAGAUCGAGGCGAACCAGGUAUCGAUGGACCAAAAGGUUAUCCUGGUAGACGUGGCCCACCUGGCUUACAAGGUAGACCUGGUGUAGAAGGUGCAUCUGGAAUGAAGGGAGAACGAGGUGAGAAAGGUUCAUCUGGUUUCCCUGGAUUACCUGGCAUGGAAGGAAGACCUGGACCACCUGGUUUAUCUGGAGAUAAAGGAGAUGAUGGCCUUCCUGGCCCUCCUGGUUUAGUGGGUCCAAUUGGAUUCGACGGACUUAAAGGUGAUCGAGGUCCACCAGGUUUGCCAGGUCGUAAAGGUGAACCGGGUCAAGUGUCGGAGAAAGGUCAAAAGGGUGAGCCAGGUAUACCAGGAAUCCGCGGUCCUCCGGGUCCUUCUGGUAGAGAUGGUAUUGAUGGUGCAAAAGGAGAAUCUGGAAUACCUGGUAUGGGUCGUGAUGGAUUACCAGGACCAAAGGGAGAACCUGGUAUACCGGGUCGUGAUGGUUUGCCAGGACUUCAAGGACAAAAAGGUGAUACAGGAGUUAGAGGAUUCCCUGGACUUAAAGGAGAUUUCGGACCACCAGGUGCAUCAGGUGAACCAGGAACACCUGGAAUCGAUGGUUUGCCUGGCGAACGUGGUGAUAUUGGUCCACCUGGACCUCCUGGUUUCCCUGGUCUAGACGGUGAUAUGGGAGCUCCAGGGCGUCCUGGACUUAACGGUUCCAAAGGAGAGCGUGGUUUCCCAGGUCCUUCUGGUCUUCCGGGUAUUGCUGGUGGACCUGGAGAAAAGGGUGACCGUGGAGCACCUGGCCCAACAAUUCAGGUCAAAGGUGAAAAAGGUGAACCAGGUAUUCCCGGACUAUCAGGUGCACCUGGAGAGAAAGGUGAUCGUGGUUUAGAAGGUCUUGCUGGAUACGAUGGUGAAAAGGGAGACCGAGGUGCACCUGGUCCAGCUGGAAACCCAGGACCACCAGGACAUAGUGGUGCUAAAGGUGACGAAGGACCACGCGGACCCUCAGGCAUUUCAGGAUUAACUGUCAAAGGUGAAAAAGGUUUACCAGGUAUGCCAGGAAAACAUGGACGAGAGGGAAUACCAGGGCGACCAGGAGAAAAAGGAGAGCAAGGCUUGCCAGGUCUGCCAGGGUACAAAGGAGAUCAGGGUCCUUAUGGUCCCAUUGGCCCACAGGGUGAAAAAGGUGAUAUGGGCCCUGCGGGUACUCCGGGUCUACCAGGUCGUGACGGACGUCCAGGUCUUGAAGGAAUGCCAGGUUUACUGGGUGAAAAAGGUGAUAAAGGAGACAUUGGUUUACGAGGAUUGCCCGGUAUUCCAGGACAAAAGGGAGAAGCAGGAUUUCCAGGACCUAGCGGAUUGGACGGACUUCCCGGAGAAAAGGGUGACAGAGGCUGGGACGGUCUGAAUGGUGCUCCUGGAGCUUCUGGAGAGAAAGGUGACAGAGGAUAUCCUGGUCCAGCAGGGUUGAAGGGUCCCCCUGGUUAUCUAGGUCCAAAAGGUGACAAGGGUGAAGAUUGUAUCGAACCUCCCAUGGGACCGAAAGGAGAUCGUGGAUACCCUGGACCUACGGGUCCACCAGGGCCACCAGGAGAAAAGGGACUUCCGGGACCACCAGGAUUCUCAGGAUUGGAUGGAGUGAAGGGUGCAUCCGGGCUUCCAGGACCUCCAGGCCCAGCUGGUUUGCCAGGUCUACCAGGCCCUGUCGGUUCGCCUGGUUUGCCAGGUUUGCAAGGGCCUGUGGGAGUUCCAGGUCCUGCAGGUGAACCUGGACAACCGUGUGAUGUGGUCCCUGACUAUCUUACUGGUAUCUUGUUGGUCAGACACAGUCAAAGUCAAACGGUUCCAGUUUGCGAGCCAGGACACAUCAAACUCUGGGAAGGAUACAGUUUAUUGUACACAGAUGGCGAUGAAAGAGCGCAUUCGCAAGAUUUAGGUUACGCUGGUUCCUGCGUAAGAAAGUUCUCGACUAUGCCAUUCCUCUUUUGCGACGUCAACAACGUGUGCCAUUAUGCCAGUCGCAACGAUCGUUCUUACUGGCUGUCGACCAAUAGUCCAAUUCCCAUGAUGCCUAUUGAGGAGACGGCGAUAGAAGAAUACAUCUCCAGGUGUGUGGUAUGCGAAGUUCCAGCGAAUGUGUUAGCAGUGCACAGUCAGUCAUUGAGCAUUCCAGAGUGUCCACAAGGAUGGACCGGUCUUUGGAUCGGAUACAGUUUUGUCAUGCACACUGGUGCCGGCUCCCAAGGUGGAGGACAGUCACUGUCUAGUCCUGGAUCCUGUCUGGAGGACUUCCGUGCCACGCCGUUCAUCGAGUGCAACGGCGCCAAAGGACACUGCCAUUAUUACGCGAACGAAUUCAGUUUUUGGAUGGCCAGCAUCGAAGAUAGGCAACAAUUCCAAAGGCCCGAAAAACAGACCCUGAAGGCAGGUAACCUCAGGUCCCGAAUAAGUCGCUGCCAAGUGUGUAUAAAGAACACGUAAAAAGAAUCAUGAACUUACGAGUUUCUUCUUGCUCUCUUUUUUUUUCUUUCUUCUUCAUUCUUUCCCUCAUCUUUUUUUUAACGAACGAACAUUAAUACUGCCGUUACGAAUUACAUGUAUUUACGCGAAUGUAAGGGAGAAAGGAUUGUUCAGCAAUGAGAUGAACAGAGCUGAAGAGAACUGUUUCCUUUCAAAUCUUCACCCCUCGUAAAUAUCUUGUUCUUCGUUUCUUCGUAAUCCCAGUCUCGUUUUCCUUAGAUUUUUCUUGUCUUCUUGUAACUUUUACUUCUUCUUCGUUCUUUUGUCCCUUCGUGCUUCCGCUCCUUUCAUCUUUCGUCCAUGUCCUAGUUUUCUUUUCGUUUGACCGGGUCCGUCUACGAAUUUCCCGCCAUCGCUUUCUUCAGUGUACGUCGUAAGUUUUCUUAUUUUUCUUCUUUUCUAUAACUACUCAAACAAGUGCCUAGCGUACUACAUUUCUAGCAUGUAAAGUAAUAUAUAUAUAUAUAAAUAUGAAUGUUAUAUGUAUAUUUAUAUCUCGUAAAUUUCGUAUAAAGAGUAAGUUUAUCUCGUACUACCAUCGACACUGCCCAUAUCCAAUAUGGCACACUUUUACAUAUUGUAUAUUAAUAUAAACGAUCUUAGCCUGGUAAACGUGUGAAGCCAAAUAUUUAAGUGAAUAGGUAUUUUGCUACUGUAGCUAAUGAAAAUUCUAUUUUCAAAA